CUUUUUUCCUCGGGAGUCGCGACUUUCUCUACAAGGUGCAGAAACUUCUUUUUCUUUUACAUACACAGUUCCCUUCCUUCCUUUCCGCAGCUCGGCCUUCUCCCAAAAACCAAAAGGGAAAUCACUCAGUCAACCGCUUCCGGCUUCCGUCGCCAAACCUUUCCGCCGUUGAAAUAAUUCAAUUCACCGGCCAAUGCUCGCUCACGGGCACACCAGGAAAUCGGAACACCUCGUGAUGAACGUACAGAGGAUCGAGAGUGUGGAUCUGUGGAAGACCAGGGCCCGGAUACUCCAGCUCCGGCUCAGGGACCGCUUCAGAGUCGCGGUUGAUCGCCACCUCCACCGCCGCCGCGAGGCGUUCCCCGACGGAUACUUCUCCGACACCGUCGGAAGGUUGAUCUCCAGGUUCCGUGACUUCCGCCGCGAGUCCCUAGCUUCUCCCUCCGCUUUCUACCGCAAGAGAGUGAGCAAGGACUUCAAUGCCGAGGAGGAAUCAAUGAUCCUUCGAAUGGUUCAGGCCGUGGCUGUUCCGCUGUUUGGGAACAUGUGUUAUGUGUUCAUGAAUGGCCUUAAUCGCGUUCAGGUUUAUGGUCUGGAGAAAUUGCACAAGGCAUUGCUUGAGAGGCCCAAGAACAAGCCUCUUGUCACGGUUAGCAACCACGUUGCUGCUGUAGAUGAUCCCUUUGUGAUUGCGUCUUUACUUCCUCCAAGAGUAUUGAUGGACACCCAGAACUUGAGGUGGACGCUUUGUGCGAGUGAUCGUUGCUUUAGAAAUCCGGUCACGUCAGCGUUUUUCAAGUCUGUCAAAGUCUUGCCUCUCACUCGCGGGGAUGGAGUUUAUCAGAAGGGUAUGGACACAGCUAUUGCAAAGCUAAACACCGGUGGUUGGGUUCACAUCUUUCCAGAGGGUAGUCGUUCGAGGGAUGGUGGGAAAACUAUGGGUUCUAUUAAAAGAGGAGUUGGGAGGUUGGUUCUCGACGCUGACACGCUCCCUAUUGUAGUCCCAUUUGUCCACUCUGGAAUGCAAGAGAUCAUGCCGAUAGGAGCUAGCCUUCCAAAGAUUGGAAAGACGGUGACUGUUCUAGUCGGCGACCCCAUCUAUCUUGACGACUUGGCAAACAACGGAAGCGAAAAAGAAGACCUCGCCAGAGGAAAGCUAUACGACACAGUUGCUGCCAGAAUUGGCCAUCGACUGCAGAAAAUGAAAGCCAAAGUUGACCAACUUGCCUUACAGGAGUUACAUCUGCUGCAGAACGCAGGAAUGCCCGAAAGAGCAACGACUAACCUAGAUUUGUAUGCCCUAGAUUCUUCAGAAGAGCAAGGAUUCGGCCAAACAAUCCUCAGCAGCAGUACUCACGAGAAGUCAAGAAUGGGGGACACAUCGUUCAUGGCCAGAGUUUCUUCAAGAAUGGCUGCAUACUGGGACUCCACUGAAUUGGUGGGUUUCGCGGCCAAAGGUCUGUUCUCAAGCCUAGAAGCUAAGGUUGGCGGGUCUAGCGUCGGAGAUCUGAGCCCGCUGAAAGCAUGGAGGCAAUAUCUGGAGGAGAACUUGCAGCAACAAAUGAUUACCUGCUAGAGAUAACUAAUUUUGUCAGUCUCCUAGUAGACUUUUAUCGGCUUCAGAGAUUUUGUAGUUUUGCCAUGUAAAAGAGAACCGAAGCUUUGUUUUGAGAAGCAAAUAGGCCGAACUUAGUUAUUUCUCUACUGUAAGUAAACGUUCUUAGAGAUUUUACACUUAAUUUUAGCGGAAGAAAUUAGCAACGAUUAGAGUCCAGUAACUCAAAUGCACCUCUCUUUUUUCCCAAUAAAUUGUAUGAACAUAGUAUGCUCUGAGCUAUGAAGAUAAAGCGAAACAGGUGCUACCAUAAACUGAAAACGAUUGAUCUACUCUUACAAACAGCUACCUCGGAAGAAAAAACCCCCCAAAGAACUACCGCUUUAAUCUCUACUAAACAUGAAGAAAAACACAGAGAAUCAAUCUAUCUAGUUCAUCCUCCUAAGGAGCUCAUUGAUAUAGUCUUCCCUGUUUCCAGCAUCUCCCCCUUCGACGUAAUGGUUCCUCUUCUUCUUCAAACCGCCCAACGGAGCGCUCAGCUUGAACGGCCAGAGGAAGUUGUUUGCCUCCUUGAAGUGAGGUCCCACGGUCAUGAUCUCAUGAAUGAGAUCUUCGACACAGAUGAUCCCGAAUUUUCCCAGGCCCUGUUCGACGACGGAGUUGUCGGUCAAGGCAAUUCUCUGCUUGUUCAGCUUACCAAAACCUCGCUUGUAUAUCAACUCCUUAACACUUUUCAGAUUCGGGUAUCUACACGUCAAUGCUUCCACAUGUUAGAUAGAUGUUCAAACUACACCAACCAUGCAACCUCUCAACUAGUUAAAAAAA